AUGCAAGAGGCAUUAAUACAAUUUUCCAGUAUGACUUCUCUACGUGUUUUACAUAUGCGAAACACACACCGGACUCUCGACAAUAUUCCCCCGACACUGGAUGAUUUAGAUAAUCUCCAAGAUAUAGAUUUUUCUUACAAUGAUUUGCCUGAGGUUCCCGAUUGCUUGUUCAAGCUCAAAAACUUGCGGAAGCUGGACAUUAGUCAUAAUAAGCUAACUAACUUACCCAUUGCGGAAGGAAGGUGGGAGAAUUUAGAAACCUUAAAUGUCUCAUCGAACGCGUUGACUGCUCUUCCCGAGCAAAUUGUCCGCAUGGUGAAAUUGCAAAGAUUGUAUGCAAGCGACAACCAGUUAACGUUUCAAGGCAUUCCUGGUGGUAUUGGGAAACUUGUGCAACUGCGUGUUUUACAUUUGUCUUACAAUAAAUUAGAACUUAUUCCUGAAGGCGUAAGUCGAUGCGUUCGUUUGCAAAAGUUAAAGCUAGAUAACAAUAAACUUAUUCUUCUUCCUGAAGGAAUACAUUUACUUCCAGAUUUAAAGGAACUCGAUUUGCAUAAUAACGACGAUUUGGUGAUGCCUCCGAAACCCAACGAACGGAGAAAGGCUCUUGCUUUUUACAAUAUUGAUUUUACGUUAGCAAAUCAGUAUAAGCUUGCUGGACAAAGUCCGUCAUCAUCAGUAAGCUCCUUGCCGAGCUCAACAACCCAGAAGGAUCCUGUAGCUCGAAAGAAGGAGUUUUUGAGACGAAGAAAGAUGCAAGCCGACAGCCAAGGAGCCAGUAAAGUAAUUGAGGGCAUGUCACAAGUUGCUGGUGCCGCCAGAGAAAGGUUGGAGAAUGAAGGAAGCGGAGAAAUAAAAAUCACUUCCUGGAAGGACAAAAUUGAGCACGAAAGGCCCCAUCUUGAUUACAGCGAUGUGUUUGAUAAAGAUGUCGGCCAGGAUGAGGGGUUAUGGAUGUGGGAAAUUGAAAAUUUUUAUCCCAGUUUGAUACAUCCAUCAUUUUAUGGGCACUUUUACGAUGCUGACUGCUACCUUAUUUUGAAAGUUACAAAGGAGGAUUCUGGUGCUUUAAAACAUGCUAUAUACUACUGGAUUGGUGAACAAGCUACAUUAGAUAAAUCUAUGUGUGCUGCAGUUCAUGCCGUCAAUUUACGCAAUCAUCUCUGCGCAUCGUGCAGGACUAUUCGUGAAGAAAUGAAUGAAGAAUCUGAUGAAUUUCUGGAGUUAUUUGGGGAAGAAAUUACUUAUAUUGAAGGCGCUAGAACUGCGUCAGGGUUCUAUACUGUUGAAAAACCAGAGCACGUGAAAAGGUUGUAUCGGGCUAGUGUAAAUGGCAACGCUGUUGAAAUGGAACCUGUUCCAUUAGGUCCUGAGAGCUUGGAUCCUCGUUAUGUGUUUCUUUUGGAUGCAGGAGAAACGAUUUGGGUUUGGAGUGGAAGGAAGUCAAGAAUAACAGUUGCAAAUAAAGCAAGGCUGUUUGCGGUUAAAAUGAAUAAAAAAGAUAGGAAGGGUAGUGCGGAAAUUGAGAACUGUACCGAGUUAAAAACGCCGAGUGAAUUUUGGAUGGCUUUGUACGGCAAGCCAGGCAAGCCGGAGGAUCCCAUUGUGGAACAUGUUGGUGAUGAUUGUUUGAAAGAUGGAAAGCGUCUUUACCAAGUGAAAAUCGGGAUGGGUUUUUUGGAGCUACCUCAGGUCGAAUUGGAUCACGGUCUUCUGCACCAGAAUAUGUUGGAUACGAAGUGCGCAUAUGUGCUUGACUGUCAUUCCGAUAUUUAUCUUUGGUUGGGUAAAAAGGCUAACCGUUUAUUGAAGAUGGCUGGCCAAAAAAUAGUUGUUGAACUGCACGCCAUGUUAGAAAGGCCAGAUUACGCUUGUAUAUCCCGUGAAACAGAAGGCGAAGAAUCAACAAUGUUUCGGUCGAAGUUUCAAGGAUGGGAUGACAUUGUACCUUUUGAUUUCACGCGCACAGCAGAUAGCGUACAAAGACGUGGUGCAGAUCUCAAAGUUAUUAUGGAACGCGAUAAAAUAAAAGCCGAUUUGUCUUCUUUGUUUCUUCCGAGACAAUCUUCAAUGAAUGAAGAAGAAGCCAAUCAAGUGAUGGAAGAAUGCAAUGAAGACUUGCAGUUGCUUGAGCCAUUUGUGCUUGAAGGGAAAAAGUUCGUAAGACUGCCACAGACAGAGCUGGGGACAUUUUACACUAUGGAUUGCUACGUGUUUCUUUGUCGGUAUGAAGUAUUUCCAGAAGAUGAAGAGACUGAUUUGGAAGACGAAGCUGGGGAGGAUGAUGAAAAAGGUUCUAGAGGUGAAGCUGGCAACAGGAACGGUAACAAGGAGGAAAAACAGGAAGACUUUAAAUGUGUUGUUUACUUUUGGCAGGGAAGAGAUGCAAAUAAUAUGGGUUGGCUUCACUUCACCUUCAGUUUGCAGAAGAAAUUUGAAAGCUUGUUCAAGGACAAACUGGAGGUAGUUCGGAUGUAUCAACAACAAGAAAACCACAAAUUUUUGUCACAUUUCCAUAGAAAGUUUGUUAUCAGACGUGGCAGAAGAGGCCUGAACUUGAAUCUUGGAGGUCAUUGGCCUGAACUGUUCAAUAUGAGAGCGAAUGGCUCUUCUGUUUGUACUCGAACAAUCCAAAUUGACUGCAGAGCUGAUCAGCUCAAUUCUGCGUUUUGUUAUAUACUUCGAGCUCCUUUUCGGUGCGUAGAUGCUGAAGGACUAAAAGGGAAGGUGUAUGUUUGGAUAGGAAGUAAAAGUAAUCCAAUACAUCAUGAGUUGGCUGAACAGGUAGCGAAGGAGCUGAUCAACAGGAAUGACGAGUUUCCAGUUGUUGUAGUAAAAGAGGGAGAGGAAGACGAUACGUUUUGGGAGUGUCUCGGCGGCAAAAAGAAAUAUGAUACAGAUGGCGAUUUCCUGCAACAUACCCGCCUCUUUAGAUGUACAAAUGAGAAGGGAUUUUUUGCCGUGUCUGAAAAAACUGUUGAUUUUUGCCAGGAUGAUUUGGAUGAUGCGGAUAUCAUGAUCCUUGAUAACGGGACUUUGGUGUUCUUAUGGAUGGGUGCGCAUGCAAGUGAGGUUGAACUGAAAUUGGCAUAUAAAGCUGCUCAGGUAUAUGUAGCUCAUAUGUUAAUGAAACAGCCGGAUCGGCCAAGGAAACUAGUUUUAAGCCUGAAAGGAAGAGAGUCGAAGAGAUUCACUAAAUGCUUCCAAGCAUGGAGCAAGCAUAAGGUACCUCCAGGUGAUGAAAUGUGA